UUGCAGAAGCCCUUCCUCGCGUCACUCUCUCCGCCUGGCAAGUGCUGGGAGCGCAGGCUGCUGCUCUUCCAGCGCUCGCCUGCUCGCUCCCUCCCUCCCUCCUCCUCCUCCUCCUCCUCCUCCACCACCACCACCAUUGUAUAAUGCUUCGUGAUCGCCGCAGCCACAGGAAAGCGGAGGCUUAAAUCCUCCCUGAGCGGCAUUCGCCUCCCCGCCCCCCACCCUAUUCCACCUCCUCUGUCCCACCGUCAGCCCCCCUCGGGUGAGGAGAGUGACAUAUGGAGCGAGUGGAAGAUUAGGAGCGUGCAGCGGCAGCAGACCCUGAUGCUUUAGUUCUCAGGAGGAACUGCAUGUGAUAUAUGUUGGGGAAAGGAGGAAAACGGAAGUUUGAUGAGCAUGAAGAUGGGCUGGAAGGCAAAGUGGUGUCUCCUACCGAUGGUCCAUCUAAGGUGUCUUACACCUUACAGCGCCAGACUAUCUUCAACAUUUCCCUUAUGAAACUUUAUAACCACAGGCCAUUAACAGAGCCAAGCCUGCAAAAGACUGUUUUAAUUAACAACAUGUUGAGGCGGAUCCAGGAGGAACUCAAACAGGAAGGCAGCUUGAGGCCUAUGUUCAUCACCCCAUCGCAGCCUACAGAUCCUCUUGGAGACAACUUUCGAGAAGCUCAGCCUGCCUUUAGCCAUCUGGCCUCUCCGCCAGUCCACCCCACUGACUUAGCAAGCCCUACACCACUGGAGUCUUGCCUCACCCCUGCCUCUCUGCUUGAGGAUGACACUUUUUGCACUUCCCAGACUAUCUCACUAGAUAGUCCUCCAAAAUUACCACCUCCAACGAUCCAACCAGUAAAGGACAGUUUCUCCUCAGCCUUGGAUGAAAUUGAGGAGCUCUGUCCAACACCUACCUCCGCUGAGGCAGUAGUAGCUACAGCAGCAGCAGAUACAACUGCGCCAGAUAACUCUAAGGAGAACUCCAGUGAAUCCAGCAUCCAAAAGCCUGAGGGUAUACAGGAGAACAGAAUGAGUGAGCCUAAACUCAUGGACUCGUUACCUGGCAAUUUUGAGAUCACAACUUCUACAGGUUUUCUUACAGACUUGACCCUGGAUGACAUUCUCUUUGCAGACAUUGAUACAUCUAUGUAUGAUUUUGACCCUUGCACAUCCUCUACAGGGGCUGCCUCAAAAAUGGCUCCUGUCUCCGCAGAUGACCUCCUCAAAACUCUGGCACCCUACAGUACCCAGCCAGUAACCCCCAAUCAGCCUUUCAAAAUGGACCUUACAGAACUGGAUCACAUUAUGGAGGUGCUUGUCGGGUCAUAGAUGGAUAGCAACUUUUUAAAUGCACCAGUAUAAACCCUUGGUAGUAUUUUCACAAGGCCCCCUCUCCUUUCAAACCUACCAAGAAACACAUACAGACACACACAUAUAUGCACGCACGCAAAUACACACACCACUGUGCAUGCGUCUUUGCUUGUCUUUUUUUUUAAGGAUCAUACUUGUUUUUGCUUCAAGCAGAGUUGGAGUGCCUUCAUUCAUGUAUGACCACUUUUAAUGUAUUUCUGAAAGUGGUUCCUCAAGGGAGACCUGAAAUCCUGAUAUAGGAAGAAAAUGCAUAUUGUAAAACAUAAAUAUGUUUGACAAAAAAAAUGUAAAAGCUAAGCACAAGGAUUAUGUUGGGAAAAAGCUGUAAAUUGCAUGUGCAUAUUUGUCUAUUUUUUCUAUAAGUUUUAUUGCAAGAGGUUAAAAUAUUAUUUAGAUAAUUGCAGUACCUUUUUGGCAUUUUAGCCCUGUCUAGGUUGACUUAGCAAUUCAGCCUUUUUAGAGGUAUUAAUGAUUCCUCUUUAAAUGUUGCAUUUACAUGGCUCUUUAGAAACUGCUACCCAAAUUUAUUUUAUAUUUUUGUAUAGAUUCUGCAAUUUAUGAUAAUUGGGUUUCUUUCUUAGAAAAAGAAAAAGAAACAAAACAAAAUGCUGUUUAUACUCACAUACACACAAAAAGGAAAUAGCUAUUUUGGUAGGAUUUGCUCUUCCUGUUCCUGCAUAUACCUUCUGAUGUACAAGAACCGCUUGUAGUUUUAUACAGACUUGUAGUGUUUUAUAUGCAUAUAAUGGUGCAAAGAGAAGUUUGGAUCAAAUCAGUCUCCAGUUGGCCUCCCUGAAUCCAGACUCCCAUGCUUGAAGGAAAAGACCAAGGGCUCUUCCCUUAAAAGUUUCACAGAUAUUUACUCCCUGCUGCCUACUACUGUGAUUAACAAAAACCUUAGAGCCAUGUAUAUUCCAACACUGAUGUCAAACAGUUGGCAGGAAAUAGCUGUGAAACUUUAUUCUGAUGAAACUCCCUUGUUCUCCCUUCCCUCACUCCAAAAAGAUCAAGAAUUAAAAAAUAUACAGUAUAUCCUCAAACCAAGCUUUUUAAAAAAUUGCAAAACAGAUUCCAUCCUUAGUCUGACAGAGUAGAGUGUCCUUAAGUCCGUUGAGCUCAGCUUUGUAAUAUUUUACAGCUUUCCUGGUGAGAAAGUUGUGCUCCUGGAAAGAUCUUUCUUUUUGGUAAGCGCACCCUUGACAGAGUGCCCUGUUCAGAUUCAAACAGUAGAAAUCGGCGGGCUUUGGUGUACUUUACUCUGUCUUGUAGUAUUACCAUAGUAAUGGCAUCUAGUUUUAGAACAUCACAAUUUAGGUGGUUAUCAGUUUUAAGGGGAAGCAUACUGUGGCUGUAGCAGUUUGGGACAGAUAGUUUUGCUUGAUUGUUUUGGAUUUUUAUUUUGUUUAAAGCUUGAAAGUAAGUUGCAUUGAAAUCAGUGGAGAUUCCUUCCAAGAAACUGAGUUUAGGAUCAGGGGUGGAAAAAGGCCCUUUGUCUCUCUGACAGUGUAAUUCUAAUGUACCUUAUUUCUUCUGAUCAUUCUUCUGAUUAUUCUUGCCCUUUGCUUGGAACAUUAAUAUUCUUAUUCACUGUGUUGGCAAGUGCUGAAAAAGAAAAAGGCAACUUCAGUAUUACUGCAGUGAAAUCAUCUCUUAUCAGCACUGGAUGGACUCACUCAAGUAUCCAUUGCUCUUAAAACUGGAGCUGGUUGUGCUUUGAACACUUGGUAUCUUUUGGGGGAGGUUGGUUUCUUGAUUCAACUCUGUUCCUUGCUUUAUACUUUAUAUACACUGUUUGACAAUGUAUUGAAACUGCAACCUUCUAUGCAUGUUUCCUCCCCACUUAAGUCUUCUCAUUUCUGCACCUGUUGCAAUUUUUCUCUCUGUUCAUUGUGAUGUACAUUUGUGUUAAAGAAAACUUGCAAUGUUAUCAUGCCUGUUGCCGAGAUUGCUAUGGCAUAUUAAUUUUAAAUGGUACUUAAUUGAGUGCAGGUUACAAACUAUACUGUUGAUAUGCAUAUGGCUUCUUUAGGAAUAACUUUUAUAUUUAUUUAAGAAAUUUUAAAUUAUGUUUUAUGUAAUUUGGCAAUAUUCAGUUGGUUCUGCUCACUUCUUCUCAUGGAUUUUUAAAAAUUGGGUCUUGUCUGCCUUUAAGAAGGCAGCUUUAUAAACUGGCACUUUAGAACGGGCCAUAUCUAUUUAUUUAAAAUGCAUGUAAUUUAUUAUAUGUAAUGCACAGACAGUUUUUCAUUCCUGUCCAAACUAUCUGUGUAAUUAGAGUCCUGCGUGCCUACACUAAGUAUACCAUUCCAAAUUAUCAACUAAACUCUAAUAAAUUAAUCAGAUUUUGCUAUCUUGAAAAACCUAUCUCACUCAAAUAACAGUGUGGUCAUAAAAUGAAUUUGAAGUUGCUUGUCUUUAUAAGCAAGCAUAUUUUUGCCAAUUACUGGUGGUGUGGGGAGGAAAAAAAAGCUGGCACAUUCAAAAAAUUUAACUAGAAGCUAUAACAACCUAUUUAGAUUGCAAAAUGCCCUGAACAAAGACUUUUGUUAGUCUGGUAAUCACUAGGAAUAUGGCUGGUACUGUAUAAAACAACACUGACUCACAGUUUCAUUAGGAAUUUGUGGGCUUGAGAAGAUUAGGUCUUCCCAAUCGGGGCUGCAGAAAUCCAAAAGACCACUAAAUUGUAGCAAAGAGAUACAAAAACCUCUCUGGGCUUCCACCUCUUGGUUGUCCAGAUCUUUGCAGAACCAGAUAUGGUAGCCAGACAUGGUAGAGGAGAUGAAAUAAGAUGCUUGCUGAUAUGUUACUAGCCAAAUAGGGUAACCUGGGGUGCAGAUAUCUGUAAUGCUAGAACGCACUCAAUUUAGUUUUAAUCAGUUAAUCAGGAUGGCAGUAUCCCAAGCCUUUGCUGGAACAGUCUUUGAUUUAGAUUAAAAUUAAGAAAUGUCAAGGAAAAAAUGUAAACAAGAUUUACCAUUGUCAAAAUCUGAUUUUACACGUAAUCCAGAAACAAUACUCUCCUCUUUGGAUGAGCUAAUGGAGUAUAUAAACAAGUACCACAUGUUGGGCAGGAGUUCAAAUUAACACCAUUUUAGAGAGGAACAGUAGGUUUGUUUUUCAAAUGCUAACCUUGCCGUACGUACAAAGGAAAGCCGUUUGAAACCUUGAGCAGAAAUCAGUCCUGGUUUCAACUUUCUGUGAGGCAAAUGAGUGGGAUUAUGGCAGAUAGUACCUCUACCCUACAGAAUUAGACACCCAAGUAUGAUGAGUGCCUCACAGAAAUACCAGCUGAAAUACUUCUGUCUCUACAAUGUAACUUCUUCUCUUAAAAGAUCAGAACUUACCAGGCUACUGUUCCUCUUUUCCCCACCCCCCAGAUUCCACCUUGAAUGUUGGGGGCAUUUUUAAUGACACAUAUGUGCAAUGAAGUGACGAGAAGAGAGCAGAAUUAAAAAAGCUGUUUGAAUUUGAAGUGAUUUUUCCAUUUUGUUUUUCAUAAGUUAUUUAUUCCAUUUUAUUUUUCUUUUGUAAAUAUAUUUAUUUUAUUGUGAAGCUAACAACAUCUGGAUUGUAACAUGUACAGAAUGUAUGGUAGGAAUGUAUUCUCUUGUAGGAAUGUGAAAUCCAUACAAGAGGGAGCUGAAAGUUAGAUUUGGAGAUUAUUAUCUGGGUUCUGUUCCGAAUACAUGUCAUUCACCAGAUCUCUCUCCCACCUCUCCUGCUUUUCUCUACUGAGAGUCGCUCUGAUUCUAUAGAACAUGCAAAAAAAAUUAUAAACUUAGUUAUACAAAUCAAACUGUUUGGUAUUGUUGGGUAUUUUAAAUGGGCCAGGUCCUAUUUCAAGCAGCCAAACACAGCCUUGGUUUCAAUGGGACUUUGUUGCAUUAUGUCUACUCAGAAGUAAGCUUCACUGAAUUUAAUUAAGCAUACUCCUGAAUAAGCAUAUGCAGAAUUUCAGUCUUAAAGGCUUAAAGUGAUAUAUUCUCACUCUGGUAGCCGGAACUGAAUGGGGAUGUGUGUUAGCACGGUAUAGCCUAUGUAUGUUUGCUGACGAACAAACGAAGAGCAUUUAAGAUUUCUCUCCCUUCAAGAUGCAUAGAAGCAGCGUGCACCACAGGUUUCAUCCUAGAGAGCUGGGCAGAGCAAGCUGGCUUCUUGCAAUGGAGAUGAUGUAGGUUGAAAGCAGCUUUCCUACCAAACAGUUCAGUUUCACACCACGGCAAUUUAUUUUUUCCCCAGUUUUAGUUUGGAACUGCUACUGCUGAAAACUAGGAAAUUAAAUGGGGCAAGGGGCAGGGGAGCCAAAGUCCAUUAACCAAACUAAGAUUAGCCUUUACUUUACACAUAAGUGUGCCUUUUUUUCUGCAGAGAGAGUGUAAAGUGGCAUGACACAACCUAUUUCAAAAAUGCAUGUUUAUAACUUGUCACCAUUUCCCUUCAAAUGAUUAUGCAUAAGCAGCUGUUUAAGGAGCACUGUUGAAAGUGGUCUGUCGUUGAUCAGGUAUGGCAAAUGUACAGUGCGUUAUAUAUUAAUAUGUACAUCCACUGGCAUGUCCUUAUGAGACUUCUCGGGACAAAACAAAGCAAUGCAGAAGCCAGUGGUAGGAGAGGGAACGUGUGGCAUUCCAUGACAAAGUUGAGGUUUAGGUUUAAGUAUAGGUAAUGUUGUAUAACAGUUUGCAAUAACUCCUUGUCUGCUAGCUGCUAUGUAGCUUGCAGAUUAACAGCCCUAGACUUAUAUUUUAUGAAACUGAACAAGGAAGCCUCUAGGAGCAACAUGGUAGAAGUUAAUAUGGAACAAAAUCUAUGGAAGAAUAUGAUCGUUCUAUCAGAAAUCAAUUAAAAGCAUUUGCAUUCACAUUUCUGUUGGGUUUUGCAUCCAUGAAUGCAGAUAAGUGACCAAAAUGUAGACUUGUCAGUGCAAAUGUUUGUACCAAAUUUCCAAGGAUUAAUAAGGACAUACCUCAUAGUAGGUGUAAGCCAUACUGAGAAGCUAUGUUCUGUAGAAGACUUUUCGUAUUGGUUUCAAAGGCAGAUCCUUGUUUCCACCGUUUGAGACAAUUCAUCAGCACAGAGGCAAAAUCUGAUCUAACUAUAACCUCCACCCUUCCUAGGGUAGUAUUUCUAGAGAAGAGCAAACAGAUCUUAAGACUCUUAGUAAAAUGCUGCAGUUGAAGCAUUCUGUGGGGGAAGCCGUUCUAGUCUCUUGGGGUGAGGUGAACAUAUGAUAGGCUGUACUCAAAGCCCCAAAUUCACAUCUCCCACCCUUCUUCAGAACAUCAUUUGUGCUGGGAAAUGAGGUGAAGGUCUAGCCUGAAUCUGGCUCCACAGAGCAGACUCUGAGCAAGCAGCGUUUAGACUUCUCGGACACAGAAUUGUAGGCACUCAGUAGGCAGUGCCAAGGACACCAUGCCGGAAGUUCCUCUCCCUCUCAGACAGUUGCCUGCAGGAGAGAGACUUCCCACAUGGAAACUGUUGCCACCAACAUUAGUGUUGGUGCUAGUUGCUCUGCUUUACAGUGAGAGACAGAAUUAAGACUACCUUUUCAGAGAGGCCAGGAUGAGAAUAAGUUGUACCAUGUGAUUUUUUUUUUUUAAUUGUCUUAUAGAACCUGACUUGUGAAUCUAAAGUUUACAGUUGAAUAACAACCAUGAGCAAAUGGAUGUGCACCCUCCUGAGAAAUGGCUCAUUGGAUCUAGAAUGUAAUUGUGAUUGUUAAAAAAAAAAAAAAAAAA